AUGAAAGAAUUGCGUCCUAUUUCCUUGUGUAAUGUAGCUUACAAGUUGGUUUCUAAGUUGUUAGCUAACAGAAUGAAGUGUUGUUUGGCUAAAUGUGUUUUUAAGGAACAAUCUGCGUUUGUUAAAAAUCGGUCUAUUUUAGACAAUGCAAUGAUGGCCAUUGAGAUUAUUCAUGCUCUCAAAAGGAAGACUUCGGGGAAUAAAUCUUAUAUGGCUCUGAAGAUUGAUAUUAGUAAAGCCUACGAUAGAGUGGAUUGGGGUUUCUUGAGGGGUAUGUUAAGAAGAUUGGGGGCUAAUAUUGCGGAGGUCGCUCACCUAAUGGAGUUACUUAAGACAUAUGCCACUGCGUCAGGUCAAGAAAUUAAUCUGGCAAAGUCGGAAGUCUUUUUCAGUCGCAAUCUUAGUGUUCCAGCUCAGGAGGAUAUUGCAAAAAUUAUGGGUGUCCGUCAUGUUCUUGGAACAGGUUCAUACUUGGGUUUGCCUUCGAUGAUUGGUCGUAGUAAGAAGGAAACUUUUGCUUUUAUCAAGGAUCGCAUUUGGAAAAGAAUCAAUUCUUGGAGUGGUAGAGCCUUGUCUAAAGCAGGUAAAGAAGUGAUGAUAAAAUCGGUUUUGCAAUCUAUUCCGGCAUAUAUUAUGAGUGUGUAUAUUAUCCCGGAUGAGGUGGUUGAUGACAUAGAGAAGAUGUUGAAUUCUUUUUGGUGGGGUGGUGGUAAUAAUAACAAAGGGAUUCAGUGGUUGGCGUGGGAGAAGCUCUCUUAUUCUAAGAGGGAUGGAGGUUUGGGGUUCAAGGAUUUUCGAGCUUUCAACUUGGCUAUGGUGGCUAAACAAGGGUGGAAUUUUUUAACCAAGCCCCACUCUUUAGUUUCUAAGAUCUUCAAGGCACGGUAUUUUCCUAAUUCCUCUUUCUUGGAUGCUAAUGUGGGUUCUAACCCGAGCUUUUUGUGGAGAAGCCUUUGGAAAGCUAAAGAUGUUUUGCGGUUGGGAUGUAGGUGGAGUAUUGGAGACGGAAGCCAGAUUAGGGUCGUAAAUGAGCCGUGGAUUCGAGGUUGUAAAAAUGCUUGCUUAGGAGGUCCGUAUACUCAAGGUGUGUACAAUCUUUAUGUUCAGGAUCUUCUUUUGCCUAAUACUAAACAGUGGAAUAUUCUGGUUGUCGAAUCUUUGUUUGAUAAUGUGGUUGCAAAAGAGAUUUUGAGUGUUCCGUUGGUUGAGGAUGUGGUAGUCAAUGGGCUGGUUUGGAGUGCAGAAAAUAGUGAAAAUUAUAGUGUUCGAUCAGGUUAUAGGCUCUGGAGGAAUUCUAUCGCUUCUCGCUCAAAUUGUAAAGUUGUUGGUAAUUGGGAGGAUUUGUGGAACAUCAUGGCUCCUCCUAGAGUCAAACUAGGGGUGUUCGCGGUGCGUAGAGAAGACCGUAGGGAUGCCGGUCGUUUUGCUAUGAUGGUAGAAGUGAUUUGGAAGAACCGUAAUAAUAUAGUUUGGAAUAAUGAAAGGGAGGGCAUGGCUCGUUUAGGCUUGCAAGCCUAUGUUAAUUGGCAGGAUUGGUUUACAACCCAGAUUGCUCAGGAAAGGAGCAACAGUAAUCACCUCCCUGUAGUGUGGUCUCCUCCGGCUGAUAAUUGGGUCAAGUGUAAUGUUGAUGCCGACUUCAAUAAGUCUUAUCGUUCCACUAACAGAGGUUGGUUCUUCCGUGACAAUUUGGGUAGAUUCAUUACCGCAGGAAUUGCUUGGGAUAUUGGUAGUAUGUCAACCAUCGAAGCUGAGGCGUUAGCCUUGAAAGAAGUUGUUCAACAUGCUAUCUCCUUGAACUUGAAUUUUGUGAUCUUUGAAAGCGAUUCUCAAGUGGUUAUUCAAGACAUUCAUUCUAAUGUUUCUGGUUUGUCUGAGUUUAACCUUAUCCUCCUCUCUAUAAAGUGUCUGUUAGCUCUGAUUCCAAACUUUGAGGUGAAGUUUAUUAAGCGCCAAGCGAAUAUGGUUGCCGAUACGUUAGUUAAGGCGGUCAAUUCUUGGUCUAGGCGUAGUUUCGUUAAUGUUAUUCCUCCUUGUAUUGACUUUCCUUUGAUAAAUGAUAUGAGUUAA